UUCAGCCAGACUGUUUUGCUGCAGUGAACGGUAGACGGUGGAGAGAGGGAAUAAGCAAGAAAAACAAGAAGCAAGGGAAGGAGGGAAAAAAGUCAUAGAGACAGAUCCAGUGAGAGCUCGAUCGGACCAAGCAGCAGUGAACCAGCUCCAAGGAGUCCGGAUUCCGAACCAACACGCUGAGUGGUUUUCCCGCAGGAAAAAGGACUUUCAGGCAGAAUAUCGGUGACCCGAAGGUGCUUCUCGGCCCUCUGUUUUGAGACAGAUCUGUGCGUCUGACCAUGGCGUUCACUUCAUUCCCAGGUCCUGGACUACGGACUCUCAUUUUAUUGACUGUACUUUCAGCAUCGGUUCAGAGCAACUACCCCAAUGACGAUGACCCCUACCAGCCGAUGACCUCGACCAGACCGUGGCAGUGGGCGGGACCGUGGACGCUGACCUGCCAGGUGCAGGAGAGCGACAACUCCUCCCUCCAGUGGUCCAACACCGCCCAGCAGAUGUACUUUGGAGAGAAGAGAGCUCUGAGAGAUAACCGCAUCCAGCUGCACAGGUCCACCAGCACUCUGCUGUCCAUCACCAUCGGCGAGGUGCAGCUGUCUGACGAGGGGGAGUACACCUGCUCCAUCUUCACCAUGCCCGUACGCACCGCCCGCGCCACCGUCACCGCGUGCUGGGUGAGUCCGGGAAAACCUCAAAUCUCCGGGUUCGAGGACGCCGUGCAGGAGGGAGGUGAACUCACCCUUACAUGCACCAGCUCUGGGAGCACCCCUGCCGUGCUCCGCUGGUACAGAGGACAGGAGGAGCUUCAAGGCCGCCAAGAGGAGGCGAAGUCCAGCCCGGACGAGCCGACCUACACAGUGAUCAGCGAGCUCACGCUCACGGCCAGCCGGGACGACGACAACGUGAUGAUCGCCUGUGCCGUGGACCACCCGUCCCUGUCCCCCGGGGACAAGCGGACUGAACAGCCCCUCCGAGUGCUGUUUACCCCUAACGUGAACAUCCAGCCAGAGAGUGACCUUCCCAGAGAGGGGGGGAAAUUCCACCUGCAGUGCAUGGGCAACGGAAACCCCGAACCCAUGUCGUUCUCGUGGGAGAAGAAAGAUGGCGGGGACCUCCCCCCGCUGGCCAAGGUCGACGGCAGCUUCCUGCGCUUCGAGGCGCUCAACAAGUCCGACAAUGGCGUGUACAUAUGCCAGGCGGACAACGGCAUCGGCAAGAGCCAGGGGGAAUACACCCUCCUCGUCCAAGCUCCGUCCGAGUCGAGCCACCUCCCCCCCACCUCUCUCUUCCUCCCCUCCCCCUCCGCCUCCUCGGACGCCCCGCUGCCCUCCCUCGCCCCGACGUCUCUCUCUCUGUCACCCUCGCUCACGCCCGCCGUCGACCCUUCGACCCCUCCGCCCACUCCCCCGCCGGCGGUCUUCUCCUUCUCCGCCCCGUACCCCACCGACAUCCCGCCUCUCUCCUCCACUCCUCCUCCUCCCUCCUCCUCUCCUCCUCCUCCCUCCUCCUCUCCUCCUCCUCCUCCCUCCACCUCUCCUCCUCCUCCUCCCUCCUCCUCUCCUCCUCCUCCCUCCUCCUCUCCUCCUCCUCCCUCCUCCUCUCCUCCUCCUGCUGUGGUCAAUGUGCCCUUUCCCUCCCUCUCCAACUCCCUGUUCCCCGACGUCACGCCGUUCCCUGAGCCCUUCCCUCAGUCUCCCUCCUCAUCCUCCUCUUCCACUCCUCCAGACAACGUCACCCUCUCUCUCGCUCCCCCCGCCGCCUCCACCCUCACUCCCCCAGUUCCCACACGGCUGAAUGGAGUUUACAGUUUCACAGACGCCUCAGACAACGCUGCAGACCCGACAGCCAUGUCGACCUCCUCGGGCGUGGACCACGCCGUGAUCGGGGGCGUGGUGGCGGUCAUCGUCUUCAUCCUGCUGUGUCUGCUCAUCGUCCUGGGCAGAUACCUCAUCAGGCACAAAGGGACGUACCUCACCCACGAGGCCAAGGGCUCGGACGAUGCCCCCGAUGCCGACACGGCCAUCAUCAACGCAGAGGGGGGCCACUCCGGGGCCGAGGACAAGAAGGAGUACUUCAUCUAGUGGGCGGGGCUUCCCGGGGGGAGAAGGGGUGGGGGGAAGGAGAGGAGCAACGAAUCUCCAUUUGUCUUCACAAAGCUUCAGUUCUUUACUCAGCCAGUCAAGGGCCAGGAGUCAAGGGGCGGAGUCAAGGGGCGGAGUCAGGUGGGGGACAGGAAGGGAGAAGAGGAAGAAGGUCAAGCAUUGGUCAAACGGUGUUGGAAGAACUGAAGUGCAGGAAAUGAAACAGAGAAAUAAGCUUCACUUGGUUAGGACCUGCAUUGAGAAAAAAAACUGGGAAGUGAAAUUUUUUGCACUGACAUACAUGGACAUGAGAUAUUAUAUUUCCUGAAACACACACACACACAUACACACCAACACUCAAACUCCCAAGCACUCUCAUACACACUUGAAUCCCCACAUAAAACCCAUCCUUAAAAGUUUCGGCUACAAUUACGUUUUGAAAAUACAAUCUCACGCUUUAUUUUCUCAAUUGAGACUUGCUAGAGGAUAUUUUCUAUACAUUACGGUACAUUCCUUUCACAUUAGCCAGACAAAUGUGAAAUUAUGCUCAGAACUGUACUCUCAUGUUUACAUGCACCCCUCUUGUCUUUUGUUUUCAACUGCAUUCUGGCCAUUAUGCCGCCCAUCUCUCUCUCUCUCUCUCUUUCUCUCACGCAUUAACACGUGAAAUCCACUUAAAUGACUGAUGUACAUAUCCAUUUUCUCCUGCUCAUCCUCACUCUUUCCUCAGCUGCGCUGAAAAAAGUUCCUUCUCCCACCAACACACACACAGUUGCUCAUACUGUGUUGUCAAAGCAACCAACUCCAGACACGCCCCCCCCCCCCCCCCCCAAUCCAGAUGCAUCGCACUACAAGACCUUACGCAGCGCCACACAACAAACUCAUGCAGUCAGAUUUGCAGGACCAAUAUAAAUAUAUAAAUAUAUAUAUAAUUAUAUAGCAUUCUUUUUACUCAACAGAAAAUGUUUGGUGUGCUGUAAAUACAGUAUAAUUUCUCUCUACCAUCUCUCUCUCUCUCUCUCUCUCUCUCUCUCUUACACACACUCUUUUUCAUCUCUCUCACACACACCUUCAGCCUAUUCUAUCCUCUCUCCCCUGUACCACACAGUCUGUUACCGCAGUAUAUACUCUUAAGCCUGCCUGUUUUUACUACAUGCGUGGAUAUGCCGAGUCAAAAAUAUCAAUAUCUGGGAAAAAAGUAAUGUUGCAAUGAAAAUUUAAACACUAACUGCAAAUGUUUGUAUAAAUCUUUAUUUUUAUUUCGGUUUUCUUUUUGUUUGGUUUUGGUGUUACCAUCAGUGUUACAGUUGACAGUGUCUGUGAGUCAAGGACUUUGAGGUUUCUUAUUAUGAUUAUGAUUUGAGUGAUGAGGAUGCGUAAUAUCUCUUUUUGCAAGUUACCAUUAGUAACACAAUUUUUUGCUGCUGCAAAAAUGCGCUUACCAGCCACCCAGCGGUAAUUUCAUGCUGUAUUGACGUCACCACACUGUAAGAGGUGAAAACCGUCACUGCACCUUUAAUGACAUCAUCCCCCUGCAGUCUGAGUAAGAGGCCCCAGACUGGCUCAGAGGGCGCUGGGCUCCAGCCAAACUGACACAGGAGAGUGGUUUUGGUGGCUGCAUCUCUCUUUUUUUCUACUCUCUCUCCCUUAACUCCUAUGUACCACUUGAAUUUGUCUCUCUCUCUUAGAUAGUUUUUCUUUUCAGUCGUCACACUGGACCCCCCCCACAAAAAAAGAAACUCGUAGAACUAGCUCAGACGGUCUGAGGUGCGUUGAUGAUGUUCGACAAAGCGGCGCGCUCCGGUAAGGUGAUAUAGCGCCCAGGUGCAGAGAGGGGGCGUCGCUGACAGUAGUACAGGCCUACCAGAGAAGACGAGACAGACACUAUGUAUAGACUUGACGUGAUAGUUUUCGUACACCUACGGAAUGCUGGAAUCAGGGAUUGCUUUUGUGCCCCCACCCCCCGCACACACACACCCCACCACACCCAGUUCCAAGAGCUAAUUCCGCAGGGCUGUUAUGAUUGGAAAUAGAUUGUUCUAGUGAUACGACUUUAAGCUAGAGUCGGUACAGGAAUGAGGGGUGAGGUUGUGUGUAAGAUCCGUUUCGGGUGACUCAAGGGGUUAGGUUUAAGAUAAAGGGUGGGAAAAACUGACCCCAGAUGGUAAUCAAGGGUGGGUCAUGCACUGGAGCGAGCACACAGUCCCUCAUGGGUGUGAGAGAGAUGUCUGCAGACAGGAUCAUAUGGAUGAAUCUCAGAACCGAGAAUACCACACCUUCUGCAUAUUCCGUCGUUCAGGGUCCAAAGUAGGAAUCCUUUUUUCCCUCGCUAAUCGCGUACUUUACAUGGAACUGAAAUGUAACAAGUUAUCAGAGGGGCUGACAGUAUAGAUGUGGAUUGCCUCAUACUGUACUCUGAGGAUGUUGGUAUUGUGUGUUUUGAACUUUUCGGACCUGUGUUUGCUCGUGUAUCUGUAUAAAUUCUGUGAUCGCAUGAAAAGACUGCAUGAGAGACGGUUGGCACUUAGAUAACUUGCGAGCGGAAACUACGUUGCUGACGAGCCCAUCUGUGAUACAGAGGUUUGUUUAUCAACAAACUCCUAUACUUCCUAGUCUGCAGACAUCGGCCUAGCCCAGAAACUAUCUCCAUGCACCCUCGGCCCUAACCACUUCAGUAUUAAGGAAGCAGCAUGGUAAGAAAACCAGCUGGGCCUUAGCUGGAUUGGUGCCAUGUUGCUCAGACCUAUCCAGUGUUUUUGAAUUAAGAUAUGAGGAAGUGAAGUAAAUAGGAGGGAAAGGGUCUGGGGCUUGUUUCUGGUAAGGUUACCUUGUGUCGAUACAUGUGCAGUUACGGCUCUUAACCACCAGGGGUCAGUGAAAGAGCACUGUCACAUUAGGCUGCGCUGUCUUAUCCUCACCACCUCUGUCAUUGUCUCCUUCCUACCCUGUACAUGCAGUGGCAAUUCACUGCUCUUUUAUUUUGGUAGUGUUUUACCUAAUUAAAGGUGUGCAUAAUCUUAAAGGCAUUACUUUCAAAUUCAUUUGUAGUCUUUUUCUUCUUUUUUAUAUAUAGAUGAUGGUUAUUUGAUAGUUGGAUGACAGUUGUUUGGUUUCUUUUUGUUUUAACAAUUUGGCAAUUUUGUAUAAUUACAUGUAUAUAGUGUUGCCUUUACUGGUUAUACUUACAAACACACUUAUAUUAUUGUACGCACACAUGCACACAUGAAAUGGACAUGGAGUCUGGGGACUUUGAAAACACUGUGUGUGUGUUUGUGUAUGAGUGGAAGGUGUGUGUAACGAUCCACCCAAUCAGACGCCGGAGACACUAUCUGUGUUAAUUUCACAAAAAUGUUAUUAUUUUAAUGACAAGUCUUUGUUAGCUGGUUAUUUUUGGAUGACAAGUCUUCCUUUUAAAUAUAUAUCCAUAUCACAUGAGAAUAGUGCUGUCAUGAUGUAUGUCAAUUUGUACUAUGGCUAAUGAUGUCAUCAAAGCGAGACGGCACUAUAUGUCAUGGCGUGUUUUGUCCAUUGGCUGUUUUGUUCAUACAGUAUUUGCUUUUUUGUUACUCUACCAAUUCAGUUGUUGACUUCAAAUAAACAUGCAUUUGAGUUAACUUCAA